AUGGAGGUUGCAUCGGAGACUGCGCAUCCCGCUGGGAUAACCACGGACGUAACAGACGCAACUGAAGAGCAGCCUGCAACUGGAUAUAUGCAUGGAUGGGCUCUUGCUUCGUUGACCCUGGCUUUUAUGUCUAUUUGCCUCGUGCUUGCCAUUGAUAAUACCAUUCUAGCGACGGCGAUACCCAAUAUCACCAGCGACUUCAAAAGCCUUAACGAUAUCGGCUGGUAUGGCUCUUCUUACUUGAUCGCGCAGAUGGCACUGCUACCCACCUGCGGCCGCCUCUACGCAUUCUAUAAUAUCAAAUGGGUGUACUGCAUCUCGCUGGCUGUCUUCGAAAUCGGCUCCAUCAUCGCGGCAGUGGCUCCAAAUUCGAUGACGCUUAUCAUAGGGCGAGCAAUCUCUGGCCUCGGCGCUGCUGGUUUGGUGAGCGGGACGACGACUAUCCUGUCAUAUUGCGUGUCUCUGAAAAAGCAGGCGAUGCUGUCGCCUAUCGUCCUGGGCAUGUACAACAUUGGAUCUGCCAUUGGACCACUCGUGGGCGGUUCGAUAACCGAUAACAAGGUGCUGACUUGGCGGUUUAUUUUCUGGAUCAAUCUCCCUUUCGGAGCUGUUGGGCUGGUUCUGGUCUGGUUCACCUUAAAGAAACCUCCACCCGCAGUAAAAGGGGACCUACCCUGGAACCAGAAGCUACGUCAACUUGACCUUCCUGGGGCUACUCUGCUGCUCGGUGCAACCGUGUGUUUGAACUUGGCAUUACAGUGGGGUGGCAUCGUCUACCCAUGGUCUGAUGCCGAGGUGUUCGGCUGCCUGAUCGGAUUCAGUCUACUCCUGAUUACCUUCUUGGGCUUGCAAUUCCGAGGCAAAGAAAAGUUGCGCGAAUAUCCCUCUUCGCAUCUUUCGAAGUCGUACCGUAUCGGCAUCAUGCAGCUUCAUGAUGCUCGUUCAGGUGGCAUAGUCGUGCAAUCAUACUUUUGGCCCAUCUACUUCCAGUCGGUCAGGGGCACCAAUGCCAGAGACUCCGGGAUCAAUCUGCUCCCAUUGAUCGUGUCGAACAGCCUCGGCACGCUCUGCGCGGGCUCUCUAGCGUCGAGAUUCGGGCACUAUGUGCCGUUCAUGUGGGUCGGACCUCUCGUCUUGGCUACCGGAGGGGGUAUAUAUCAACUAGUCCGUGUCGACAGUCCGCUCGGACAGUGGGUAGGGUUCCAAAUCCUGUCAGGGCUUGGUUAUGGCAUCUGUAGCCAGAUGCCGAUCCUGGCUGUGCAGGUUGUCCUCCACAAGCCAGAUAUACCAACGGGCCUUGUCAUGAUCAUGUUUUUCCAGAUGCUUGGGGGUGCGCUGGCUCCUAGCGUUGGGCAGAACCUCUUCACUGAUGCGCUUCUGAAAAAUCUCAGCAAGGUGCAGGGAAUUGAUGGUGCAGCCGUAGUGGCGGCCGGCGCAAGUGGAUUCAGGGAGAUAGUUCCUCCCGAGCUGAUGAAUGCCGUCGUGGAUGCGUUUAAUUCUGCUUUAAGGAAUGUGUUCUGGGUGGCGCUUGCUACGCCAGCCCUUGCUUGGAUAACAAGCUGGGCAAUGGAGUGGCGGCGAUUGCAUGACUCUAAGAGACAGGUUACCCGAACUCCAGCCGAGGAUGCCGGGGAGAAAUAG